GGUGUGUUUGUGUGUGUCAGCGAUGCCAAUGUGUUGAUGUGUGUGUCGACAGUUUCUGUUCUGGCGUUGGAGGAAUUUGCGGAAGUGCAGAAACAGCUGGAGCUUGAGAAAGAACUGAGACAGAAGGCAGAGGAGUACGCACACAAGAUGCUGGUGGAGCAGAAGAAGCUGCAGCGUCAGAGCCAGAUUCUGCUGCAGAGCCACGUGGCCGAGCGGCAGCUGAUGGAGGCGCUGGAGGAGAACGCGGCGCUCACCAGCCAGCUGGAGGCGGAGCGGCGCCAGCACCAGCUGCAGGUGAAGGAGCUGCAGGAGAAGUUGGAAAGCUUGGAGCUGCGCAAGGAGCUGGAGUCUCUGCAGCGGCGGCUGGAGCUGGCCGAGGAGGACAUGAGGGAGAAGGACGCACGCACGGAGCGGGCGGAGGCCUCCACCCGAGACCUCAAGCACGAGGUGGAUGAGCUUCACAAGCGCCUGAAGAAAGCCACCGAGCCCCCGACCCCGCCGCCGCUCCCACCCAUGCCCGCUCUGCCCCCCGCGAACCCCCUACGGACGCUCAUCGCGCUGCUGAAGAAGAAAGACGCCGGCCUACCUUCAAAGGGGGACGUACCCGAGGGCUCGGCCACAAACGGCGAGGGAGUGACCGUCUCACCACCACGGCGCCCCACGUCGUUGGGCAAGCCGGAGUGCCUGGAGGAGGUGCGCAAGAAGGCGGUGGACGAGAUGAUGGAGCGAAUCCGGAGGGGCGUGCCCCUCAAGCCUGUCGGCGGGACCCUGGCUCGAGUGAAGGUGCAGCCGAAGGAGGAGAGCUGCGACAAACCGAACAGUGCCAUCGUGGAACUCAAAGGGAUCCUGAACGUGAUGAAGAAGUCGUCGAACGUGGACAAGACGCAGUCCACCACGGCGCUGAGCGAAGCGGGCGAGACGGAGCUGGAGCGGAUCCUGCGGCGCAGGAAGGAGACCACGGACGACCUGCUCGUCGACGGUAACGACGGCGGAAAUGGGAACAUGAAAUAUUCCCAGUCUCUGCCGUCCGUGGUUAAGAAGCCAUCUGAGCAAGAAAAGAAAAAUCAAGUUGGCUAAAGAGCUCACUCGGCGUCAACGUAAUCAUCAAAGAGGGUACAAAGGAGCCAAAGUGCGUGUGUGUGUGUCACAUCGCACGCGUUAAACAUCGACACAGUAAAACCUUGGAUUGCGAGUUACUUGGUCUGCGAGUGUUUUGCAAGACGAGCAAAAAUUUUAAGUAAAUAUUAAUUUGAUUAACGAGCGAGGUCUUGCAAUACGAGUAGUACGUGUAUACGCUUUGUCUGCCGAGUGUCACGUGAUCACAACUGAUAUACGAGUGCUUUGAUAUACGAAGUGCUUUGGAUUACAAACACGUUUCCGGAACGAAUUAUGCUCGCAAUCCAAGCUUUUUCUGUACAUUGCUCACAACCUUCCAGAGCCAUACAACAACCGCCAUGAGUUGAAGCUCUACUCUGAGAAAUAGCUCGGCCAGAAACUCGAGGCCCACGAUCAAAAAAAGGCUCCAGCCUGUCUUCAAGUUAAAUGCUAUUUGAAAUAGGAUAUUAAGACACGGUCAAGCCACGUUUUAAAAGGCAGGCAAUGCAUUUUCAUGUAUUAAAUCACUUGUCAUUGCAUACCCUGCAAUUCCCUCUCUUGGCCGAUAACUGGAGAUGAGAAUGUGACAUUUGGAAUUAGACUUUGCUGAACGGCCGCCAGUAACUCUGGACGUCCCUACAAUCCGCCAGAGAGGGGUAGCAAAGUGGAAGAAGCGGACAUCAAGUGAAUAGGAGGGCAGGAGUGUGGUGGUGGUGGUGGCGGCAUGUGUAGGAAUGACUUGCACUGGCUGCACAGCUGAGAUGCACGUGAUCAUGUGUGGUUUGUGUGUAAGUGGCGAGUGCUGUAGUGGUGACGGUAAUUUGUGCCCGAUGGUGUUUUGGUGUUGGCGUCAAGUGGCGAAUAUGUCAGUGGUGAGUUCCAGUCGUUAAGACGCGAGUCGUGGUAACAUUGAGUGCCAGGGAUUGGUGUAGUCGUGAGUUCUGAACGUUGAAUAGCGUGACUGGUCAGUGUGAAUAAUUAACUUGAAAAAAAUUGCGAGUAUAUUUUACAAACAAUCUGAAUAUUGGAAAUAAUCUGAAUAAAUCAAGGAAGUAUAAA